AACCAUACAUCUGCGUUCUCUGUUGCUGCAGUACCUGCGUACAGUCAGCCUAUAUGCGAGCGAAGAUGCUUCGGCAAGAUAUUUCUGCAUUCUGUGACAGCAGGGUGGCACUCAUCUUCCUUGCAUGUGUGGCGCUGACGCCCGUCCUUGCUGCCAAGACUCCUCCGCACAUUGUGUUUAUCCUAGCGGACGAUGUGGGCUGGGCUGACACGAGCCUGUUUGGGUCAUGCCAGAUUCCUACGCCAAAUUUGGAUGCACUGGCAGCCCAUGGAAUCCUGCUGAACCAGUACUACACUCUUCAAACAUGCUCACCCUCCCGGUCAUCUCUAAUGACUGGAAUCUAUGCCAUCAGAAUGGGUCUCCAGCACGACGUUCUGCUUCCCGGUGAACAGGGAGGCCUGAACCUCACUGUUCCAACCCUUGCGGAACAGCUCAAAAAGCUCGGCUACCAGACGCAUGCCUUAGGAAAAUGGCACCUUGGGUCCUCAAGCAUUCAAUACACGCCGACACGACGGGGCUUCGAUACUUUCUUUGGUCACCUCAACAUGCAGAAAUUCUACUUUAGCCAGAUAUUAACCUUUGCCAAGCAAUGCGGCUUCGACUUCUGGGACAACGAAAAGCUUGUGAGCGACGCGGGAGGUGCCUACGAUACCCACCUCAUCGUGGACAGAGCAGUAGACAUCAUCUCUCACCACGACACGAACAAGCCCAUGUUCAUGUAUUUGAGCACAUUGGCGGCACAUGGACAGACGAACGACCUCACCACCGACGCCCCGGAAGAGAAUCUGGCCAAGUUUCCUUACAUAGGAGACAGAAACAGGACGCUUUUGGCUGGGACCUUGGAUGCGCUAGACGAGUCCGUGGGCCGCGUAGUAGAUGCACUACAUGGUCGUGGCAUGCUAUCAAACACGUUGCUGGUGUUCACCAGCGACAACGGUGGUAUUCCUUGGGGCGUGUGUUCCAACACUGGCUCCAACUGGCCCCUGCGCGGCACCAAGGGCACCCUGUGGGAAGGAGGCGUCCGCGUGCCGGCCCUAGUUUGGAGCCCACUUCUGAAGCCUGGCUCACGCAUUAUCGUGCCGCGGCUGGUGCACGUCGUCGACUGGAUGCCCACGCUCUACUCGGCUGCCGGUGGCGACAUCUCCGACUUGGGUGCCAUCGAUGGCCUCAACUUGUGGCCGGCCUUGUCAGCAGCGAAGAGCAGCGAAGCGGAGUCUUGGCCUCGCCGUGAGCUUCUUGUAAACAGCGACAGAGACUCCGGUCUGUCCGCGUACCGAGACGGCGACUACAAGCUCAUUGUGAUAGAGAAGCCUGAGGGAAGCCAGAAAGUAAAUCCCUUCAAGGACCCCGGGCUUCAACAACACGUGCCAAUUCCCGGAAAUACACAGCCUUGGUGUCGGAACGCAAACACUGCGGCGGCUUACCUCGACUCGAGGAUGACGUCGUCACUGUCGUGGAACACAUUGCAGAAAUUACGUGGCGAUGAUGGUCUCUUCAUCGCUCCUGAAGGAUGGCGUCAGCACGCCGCGGUGCAGUGCGAUUUGGUAAACGGUUCUGUCUCCAGAAUCGGGCUUUACGAGGGCACUUACCUCUUCGACCUGUCGCGCGACCCAUGCGAGGUCACCAACCUGGCGACGCAGCUGCCGUCGGUGGUCGCCAAGUUAUCGGAGAAGUUGAAGGUCUACGCAGCUGUUGCAGUGCGGCCGAAGGAACAUGAGAUCGACCCAAGGGGGCGUCCUGGCGUCAACAACUGUACUUGGGGGCCCUGGGAGGAAAUGAAGCAGACUUCCUACCACGAGUGUGAAUGCAUGAAGAAGCCACCCAGUCAUGGAUUCUUGACUAAUGCGUCUACGUAUUUGUACCUUAGUGUGUUGGCUAUAGUGGCCAUCUUAAUUAGUCGUCUCGUGCUUAACCAAUAAGACCUCUUUCUUCUAACUUUUCAGCAGCUCAUUACUCGAACUGCUAAACUAAGUUAAUAAGCACAUAAGCUGAGCACAGGGCUGUGGCAGCAUCAAGGUGAAGUUUAAGCUGCACACUUUGUUGAUCGCAGCUAAAACGUUUUCUCAUGACAAUUUAUGCUAUCCGAACCCUUGUUGCGUAUGUUUCCAAGAAUGAAUAAUAAAGACGAGAGCAGAAGAGUCUUAAACAAAAAGUUCAAAACAAAAGAAAAGUAAAAAAGAAGAGUAAGAAACAAAAGCCCGAUUUUUUCUCUCUUCGCAAAUCAUAUGAGUGGUUGAUGUGCAGAAAGCGCCUAUUUUGAACAUAGGCAACGAAGCCACGUUAGUUAUGGAUCCUGAUCGACCCCUCUAUAGUGCGCAAUCUUGAGCAAUAGCCCAAAUGCACAUUAAAUAUAUAUGGCAUGGCAGAAAAGUUGAAGGACUUAUGUUGGUAUUUUACGAUAUUCAAACUCAAGGAGUGUGUCUUAUUGAAUCGGUGCGUAUAUGCCCAGGAUAGUCAUAGGCUGCAAUAAACAUUCAUGUAAACUACCUAGGUGAUAGGGCUAUGUGUGGAAACUCACUGUUCGCUUGUUGGCGCGCUUAGAUGGAUGUUACGUGAGACACGUGAUGGACAGGAAUUCUGUACAGAGGUUUGUAAUUUUGGUGCUUGGCUAGACAAAACCCAUUGUGAGACAUGGAAUCUGAUUCAGUAAGUAUAUCGUGACGAAGCAUUAUGGAAAAGCCAAACCUUUGAA